CAGGCGCAGAGCGAGAUCGGGAGAGAGAGAGAAAAGAAAAAUAAAAGAAGCACCAGACGAUUCAGUCGGAGCGGAGCUGGAUUGAUUUUUGGGCGCUAAUCAGCAAACGGCAGGUGUAGCAGCCAGCAGUGAGUCUUUGGCACCGAGGCAGUGCGACGAAGGACGUAUUUAAAGAAAAUACUUGUUGGCCAGUUUAUAGAGAAACACAAGUUUUCCUAAAGGGAACUCCUACGCUAAAGUAGUGUGCAGAGUUUUGUGCAUCAAAGGACAUAGUGUGCAAGACAGAGACAGAUAGAGGGAUAGUCGUCGCAGGAUCAGCGCAACAGCAGUGGUGAAUUGCUUUGACAAAAUGGAUGUAUUUAUGAUGAUCCGGAGGAAGAAGACGACGAUUUUCACCGAUGCCAAAGAAACGACGCCGGUGUACGAGCUCAAGAAAAUGAUUGAAGGAAUACUCAAAGUGCCUCCCCGUGAUCAACGACUAUACAACAAAGACAACAUACUAAUGGAUGAUGAUAAAACUUUGCAGGAUUGUGGGAUCACAGUAGUAACAGCGAAAGCGCAAUGUCCUGCCCAGCUUGGUUUAGCAAUACGCGAAAGUGGUGAUUUCGAAUCGCUUGAGCUGACACCCUAUUCGCUGCCUCCAGAUCUACCCGAUGUGAUGAAAAACCAGGACACCGCAAAUGGCCAAGAUCAACUCGCCUAAGAGGCCAAAGCUAGAGAUUGGGUUUUUUUUAUUUCGUUCAUUAUUACUAUGUCUUUCUCUCUUUCCCGCACCAAUAUCUAAUACCUAAACUAUCCGCCGCUUUUUGGCCGUCGAACCCACAUAGUGCUUCUUAAUACGCAAAUCAGCUCUUGCUCUCGCUGUAACAUAUUUACGUUUCCAUUCAUUACUUACACACCAGAAGAAAUCUGUGGCAUCCACGCACAUGAAAUUACUCGAUCCUUAUAGCAACAUUUUCCCAUCUAAGGCAACACUUUUUUUUUGCCCCAUAGCUAAAACCAAUUGUGAUCUUGUCCAUUGCGGACAAAGAGCCGCACGGUUGUAUUCUUUCGCCGUGCCCUCUACUCAAAAAAGUAUGAAAAAUCUGCAAUACACUGUUGUUAACCAAUCACACUGAGAUUUUAUGAUUUUUUUUGCAAUCGAAAAUGCGUUAAUAUUUGCUAUUAAAGACGUCUUCUAAUAUAUCGCUUCUUUCGGGUCCGGAUGCCACGGAAAUGCUAUACACACACACAGGGAUAGUAUAUCUUCACCUUACUUCCUUUUUUGGGUAAUUUUAUUCGUAUGGUUUUGAGUAAUUAAAUUAUGGAAAUGAAAUGAAGAAGUUAGGGAGAAUUCUAUGGAACUUACUGGAGUCAAAC